AUGAUGAGAGGAUUCGACAGCUUUUUAGCCUUUUCAAAGGCAUCGUGGAAACCUGUUAGUCUGCUUCACCGAUCAUUUGCAGCAUCUCUCGUAACCACCAAGCAUACGUAUCAAGUUUACUUCUUUUCGGGUAAAACAAGUGUGAUACAAGAACAACUCGAGUUUUCGCAGAGGAAUAAUGGUAUUAAUGGUAUGGGAGAAAAGACCACAAAUGCAAUCCGCGUGAUGUCUGUACAAUAUGUGAAGCCGGAUAAGCCAACUCCACAUACCCUCCAAUCGUACAAGCUUUCGGCAUUGGAUCAAGUCAAUGCCCCUUCCUACGUUCCAUUUAUUUUCUUUUAUCCAAACAAUGUUAAUGGGAACACAAUAGUCAACAUCGACAACUUGGUCACAGAAAGAUCCAAACUGUUGAGGGAUUCACUCUCGGAAACACUCACUCGGUUUUACCCAUUUGCAGGAAAGUAUAUCAACGAUAACCAUAUCGAGUGCAAUGACGAAGGGGUGUAUUAUGUUGAGACACGAUAUGACAGCUUUCUCUCAAGUUUUCUGGCAAAACCAGAUUACAAGUUACUCCAAGGGCUACUUCCCAUUCCUCCAAAUUUAAAGGAGCCAACACGAGGAUACUUUCUCUCUUUAAUCCAAGUCAACUUCUUUAGUUGCGGUGGUGUUGGUAUUAGCAUGUCCAAUUCGCAUAAGCUCAUUGAUGGCUGCACUUACACGGCGUUUUUAAAUUCUUGGGCAGCUGCAGCAAAGGGAGAUCAACAGAAGAUGAUUUACCCUAGUUUUGUUGCUUCGUCUUUAUUUCUUUCCAACAGUAUACCACCUACAUAUCCAUCUAUCCCUCUAUCAUCCUUGGCGGAAAGGCCUAUGAUAUUGAAUAGAGGAAGGUGUUUGACCAAGAGAUUUUGGUUCAAUGCAUCGGCACUACAAGCACUAAAGGAAAGAGCAGCUGCAUCUGUCUCCUCCACUCGUGUUGUAGCAGUCACUUCACUAAUUUGGAACUGCGCAACAGCUGCCGCAAGGAAACUACAUGGAGAAAGACCAUCAAUUUUGCAAACUGCCGUAAAUAUACGUGGUAGAUUUACCCCACCCUUGCCUCCUAAUUCGAUUGGAAACAUUAUCUGGAACGCGGUGGCUAGGUGUGAAUCAAAAGACAGUUUAAGAUUUGAUACCAUGGUCGGGCUCAUGAACGCCGGUAUCGCCAAAGUUAACACCAGCUUUGUUGAGCAGUUUAAAGGAGAACAAGGGUCGAAUAAUGUUAUUGAUGAACUAAAACGGUUAGGUGGUCAAAUGUCAACAUACGACGCAGAUUACUACUCGUCGAGUAGCAUGUGUCAUUCUGGAUUAUAUGAAGCUGAUUUUGGUUGGGGAAGGCCUGUGUGGUCAUGUUAUGGGAAUUCAAGCAAUACUGAUGCUCUUUUUACGAAUGCAAUACUAUUGAUGGAUACGCGCACGGGUGAUGGGAUUGAAGCAUGGGUAACGUUGAGUCAAGAAGAGAUGGACAUAGUGGAGCGUGACCCAGACCUCCUCUUAUACGCUUCUGUUGAACGAAAUCCUUUCCAAGAUUAA